UGCCUCAAUCAAAAUAUAGGAAAGAGCUAAUUACAUUCUUCUUCGGAAGCAUCUGUUAAGCUCUGCUAUACCUCCUUCUGAAGUCAAUGGGCCACCGCAAGAAACUAAGGACUGUGAUCGACAUCCUCAAAUGCCUCACCUCCAAUAUCAAAGCCACCCUAUCAACAAAAAGCAACACCAAAAUACGCAUAGCUGUCCUCCGUGCCACCACUGCACGCAACUCUUCUUCCCCACCAUCAGAUAACCGCAUCGCUGCGGUCAUCUCCUUCGGCCGUGGGUCACGCCUCACCGCAUGUGCAUUCAUUGAAGCUCUCAUGGACCGUCUACAUGGCACAAAAAACCCUUCCGUUGCCCUAAAAUGUCUCUUCACUAUCCAUAGUAUCAUAAAAAAGGGCCCCUUUAUUCUUAAAGACCAGCUUUCUUUUUAUCCGUCUUUUGGUGGCAGAAACUUCCUCAACAUGUCAAAGUUUCGGCAAGAUUCGGACCCUGAAAGGUGGGAAUUGGCAUCUUGGGUUAGAUGGUAUGCAACUGUUAUAGAGCAAAAUUUUAUUGUUUCAAGAAUUUUGGGUCAUUACUUAAAUUCUUCUUGUUCUAGUAAUAAUAGCAAGGAUAAAGAAGACAGGGCUUCUGCCUUAUUGAAUAAAGAUUUGUUAGGAGAGUUAGAUGUUCUAGUUGAUUUUGUUGAAGUAAUAUGUGAGGCUCCUGAUUCUCUGCAUCUUCAAAGGAAUAACUUGGUUUAUGCAGUGAUUAGAUAUGCUGGUGAGGAUUAUAGAAUAGUCCAACGUGAGAUUUUAAUCCGAGUUGUAGAACUCAAGGAUAGAAUGGCAAGUUUGAGUUGCAAUGAGUUGACUCAGUUACUUGGUUCUUUGAAGAGGUUUGAGGAUUGCAAAGAGAGGCUGCGUCUGUUGUUUGUUAACAGGGCAAGAAAUGAUGCUCUAUGGGAGUUGAUAUGUGAGGCAAAACUUAAGAUCAUGGAAAUGGGUAAAUUAAAAAGUUUGGUGAAAAUGGAAAGGACAGACGGUUCCGGCGAGUUAACUCGGUUCAGAGAACGAUUUGGCGAAUUGAGACAGCGGGUCCGGUUGAAUUCUGGUGGUGGAUGGUUGGGUAUGGACAGGGUUCCAGCUUUGACCAUGUCGACAAUGUUAUGAGGCAUACGGUGACGUGUGUGGAAGAUUGAAUAUAUAUUUUUUUUUAAUCCUUUCCGAUGAUGACCCAACGAAAGUGUGUAUUUGAAAUUUGGGGACAUGGGUAGUGGUUUCUUAACCUAUGAGCUACUUUCCUUUUUUACUUUUUCUUUGUAUAUAUUUGCCUCGUAAUGUAUCCCUCUUGUCUUCA